UAAACCCCAACCGGCAACCGUUCCCUUCUCCUUCCCUCGCCGACUCGGAAUCCGCUGACCCAACCCUCCCCCUAUAAAUCCCGACCCUCCCCCGCUCUCCAAUCCCACCACCACCGCACUGCCUUCCAACUUCCCGAAAUCCCGAUCCAAUCCCCGACGAGAGUACCCGGCUCGGUUGGUUGUGUUGUUUGUUCGGUUCAACAAGUCGAUGGGGUCGCAGGCGAUCGAGGCGCACCGUGCGGGCGCGGAGGUGUACCACGGCGCGGCGCUGUGCGCGGAGAAGUCGACGGAGCUGCUGGCUGAGGUGAACCUCCCACUGGGCCUGCUCCCGCUGGCGGAUGUGGAGGAGGUGGGCUACAACCGCGCCACGGGCUUCGUGUGGUUGCGCCAGAAGAAGGCCCUCACGCACACCUUCAAGCAGAUCGGGCGCCAGGUCUCCUACGCCGCCGAGGUAACCGCCUUUGUCGAGGACCGCCGGAUGAAGCGCGUGACCGGGGUCAAGACCAAGGAGCUCCUCAUCUGGGUCGCUCUCUCCGGCAUGUUCGUCGAGAAGGACGACCACUCCAAGAUCACCUUCAAGACGCCCACCGGGCUCGGGAGGACCUUCCCCGUUUCCGCCUUCGGCAAGGAGGACGCCGCCGUCAACAGUAAGGCCAACAAAUAAGGAGGCGACGUGGAGAGUUAUGGCUAACUACGUGCUUAUGACUAGUAAUUGCUAUACUAUUCGUUCUAAAUAAUGAAGUUUGUACUACUUAGCUUUUAAUUCGUGUGUUCUAUGAAACGGGAAUCAUGCAAAUCUUGUAACCGUACAACGGGACCGUUUGGAAGAGAUCCGGCUGUAAGAAUUUUGGACUCAGUAUUCUUAGCUUUAUGAAUUUAUGUAAUUAGAGUUAUGAAUACACUGGUA